AUGGCUCGCAAAUCGAAGUCCAAAAGCUCAGGAAAAAGGGCACAGAAUGCUUUAGAGAUAGCUCAGCGUGAGUUGGAUGGCUUCAGUGACCAGGAAACUGGAAUUUCCCAUAACCUACGUCGGAACGGGACUGUGGUAAACCCCCACAGAAAAGGCUCUGAUGAAGAUGACGAUAGUGAAGACCAAAAGUUCGAGGACGAGGAAAUCGAUUCGGAAGAAGCUUUGGGCUCAGAGGACGAAUUUGAUGUUAUGAACUCAAAAUUCUCUCAGACCCUCAGGGACCGCAACAAAAGUGGUGAGAAAAACGCUUUGCAAUCGGACGACGAUGAGGAUGAGGGUGGCUACACUUCAAUAGAUGAAGGAGAAUUGUUGCCUUUGUCCGAAGUUUGGGACAUGGACAACAAAACAGGCUCAGUCCCAGACUCUCUCGUACUAGAUGAAGAAGAAGAGGAAGAUGAAAAGGAAGACCAGUCCAGUGAUGAAGAAAACAGCAGUAGUGGUGAUGACGAAGAUGAGGAAGAGUCUGAAGACCCGUUUGAUGAGAUAUCUGAAGACGAAGGCGAUGUGGAAUUGUCCACAAUCACAGCUCAACUGCGCAAAGAUACCGAGAAGAACCAGUACCGUCGAUUGGAUAAUGCAGCGAUUGGUGAAGAAAACGAAUUCGCUUUGCCAUCGCUAUCUAAAGAUCACAGAAAGCUGAAUCUAGCAGAUCUGGUCGGUGCUGUGGACGACAAAGAGGCGGUGGAGCAUGCAGGCCUACUAAAAGGUAAAGCUGAAGCUCUCAAUGUACCACUUCCGCAACGUAUUCAGCAGAGACACGAUCGUAAAGCCGCUUACGAAAUCUCCAAAGAUGAGGUAAACAAGUGGAGAGACGUCGUGCAGCAAAACAGACAAGCAGAACAUCUGUCGUUCCCACUGAAUCCCGAAACACAGCACAAUACUGUAACGCUAUUUCAACCUUCAGAAGGAGGUGCUGCAGGUACAGAACUCGAGCAGAAAGUAGGCAUAUUAUUGGAAGACAGUCAACUUGCUGAUCCGUUGAAGGAGUCUACCUUUGAAGAGAUUGCCACUGCUAAAAUGUCGCCAGAAGAAAUGCAAAAGAGAACUGCUGAGGUCAGACUAAUGCGAGAGCUCAUGUUUCGCGAAGAAAGAAAGGCGAAGAGAAUCAAAAAGAUCAAGUCCAAGGCUUAUCGUAGGAUCAAAAAGAAGGAGCUUUUGAAGAACAAGGAGUUAAUUGAAGAGUCAGAAGAGGAAAGCGAAACGGAGCGAGAUGCUGCAAGAGCUCGUGAAAGAAUGUCCUUGAAACACAAGACUUCUUCUAAGUGGGCUAAGGACAUGGUAAAACAUGGCAUGACGAAGGAUAAGGAGACCAGGGCAGAGAUGGAGGAAAUGCUCAGACAGGGUGAGCGUCUACGUGCCAAAGUGGUUGGCCACGAGUCCGGCAGUGAGAGUGAUAAUGGGGUUAGUGAUAUUGAAAACUCAGAAGACGACAGAAACUCAUCAAAGAACUCAGAGCUUCGCCAAAACCUCGGUAAGACAGGUGUCAUGAACAUGGCUUUUAUGAAAAAUGCGGAAGCCAGACGUGCGGAAGCCAACAGAGAAUCAAUUGCUGAACUGAGAGAAAUGGAAGCAGGCCUGGAUGAAACGUAUUUACAGCGCGGCAAUCACAAUGGAGUAAAGGCAACUAUAAAUGCGGGACGUAGGGUUUACGCACCGGGGACCGAAGAAUCCGCAUUGGAAGCUGAAGAGGCCGAUAAGGCGGCCAAGCAAGAAUUCGAUAAUGACAACUCUCGAUCCCUCGUGAAUCAAAUGAAGAAAGGUUCGGACAAAGAGAAGAACAAGAAGCUCAACAAAUCUUCCAAACCGGUACCGAAGGAAAGUAAAGAGCCUAAAGAGGUCAACCCUUGGUUAGACGGUGAUAAUGACAAUGCCUCAGGGAAAAAAUCCAAUAAGAUCAAUGUGAUAGACGAAAACAGCUCAAAACUCGCCAAGAGUGCUAAUAAAAUCGCGAAGAAACAGGCCAAACGGGAUAAUCAGGUCUCUGGGAAAAGCUCACGAAAUGAAGAGCAACUUCUAGAUGUCGAUAGUACCAACAAAAUGAAUCUAGUUGACCCGUAUGACCAAGGGGAGGAGGACAUUGAUGGCUUCAUGUUCAAGCAGCAAGAUGUCAUUGCUGAAGCAUUUGCUGGGGACGAUGUCGUGGACAAGUUUCAGCAAGAGAAGAAAAGAGUCGCUAUUGAUGAAGAUGACAAGGUUGAGGAUGUCACCCUACCUGGUUGGGGAGAUUGGGCAGGUGCGGGAGCCGCUCCUUCAAAGAAACGCAAGUACAAGACGACGAAGGGGACUGUGGAAAAAGAUAAGCGUAAGGACAAAAAUCUAAAGGAUGUGAUAAUCAACGAGAAAGUGAACAAGAAAAAUAUGAAAUAUCAAUCUUCGGCUGUUCCAUUUCCAUUUGAGAGUCGGGAACAAUAUGAGAGAUCGUUACGAAUGCCCUUGGGUCAAGAAUGGACUUCGCGGACUUCUCACCAACGCAUGAUCAAGCCUAGAAUCAUGACUAAACGCGGUACGGUAAUUGAUCCAUUGAAGGCGCCAUUCAAAUGA